AUGGCUACUCUACCGCCGACUCUCCACCCUGCCUCCCUGGAUAUGGGCGUGCCCGCCGGUCCGCUGGGAGAAUGUACGGCCGAAGCAAAACGAUUUGCCGCGGCAGCCUUGAUUCAGAUGCACGAUGCUGGAGACGCUGGGAACGCUGGGAACGCCGCCGAACCUCCUCAAGAAUAUCUUUCGCCAAGCAUCAUCCUGGACAACGAGACGCAAGACUCGCAGGCAUGUUAUGAGGGGGAUACGAUAUUGUCUGCGGCCCAGGCGUUGCAUGACGCAUCGUGGGCCAGCCUCACCACACAUGAGACUCCUUUCGGCCUGACGGACUCCAUGCAAUGCGGUGCUUGCAGCGAUGCGGCAUUCGCUGCGGCAUACGCUGUCAGCGGCAUUUGCCUGUGCAGCAGCGAUGGAUACGACGCGCCAGUAUUACAGCAGCGCAGCUGGGACAUCGUGGACACUACGCAGCUGGACUGUUCGACACCACCAAGCACAGAACUCACUCCGCCUGAUGUCUGCCUUGCCGAAAGGACUCUGGAUCUGGACAUGGAGCCCUUGGACGCAGCGUCCCUAGAGGAUGCGUUUGACGAGCUUGACGCAAGGCGACGCGCUGAGCAGGCCUCGGGCUCGUCUGUCUCGCCAACAUCACUAGUCAGCACGCCGGCGACGUCAGCCGAUCGAGGUCUGCUCUGUAACGGUUGUGCCGCCCCUCUAUCCAACGAUGGCCGCGCAUCAUUGUCGUUGCCGUCAUCUCUGCGGCGGCGGCCGCCGUCCCCACCACCGCCCCUAGCGACUCAAGCAAGGCGACCACUACGGAGCCAUGGAAGGCCCCGUGAGGCGCGGCAACACGACCCGCCCGCAGCGGCGAGUCAGUGCGUGGGACAAAAGAUGGGAGGGAAGCCGCAACCAAAGACGCAGCAAAGGAAACCGGGCAGGGGGUCAGUUCAAGAACGGCAGGGAGCAUGCAAAAAACGACGACGCUCGUCGAACCGACAACGCACGCCACAGCAGCGCAGAGCCGGUGAAGAGUUUUUCCUGGCAUCGGCAGCUGCCUUCCAAAGGAACAGCAAGAAGCUCGUGUUCACACCUCAGCGAAGAAGUCAUGUCUGGGUGUCCGACGCCGGCCUGGAAAGGGUCGAGCUUGAACCCGGAAGUAUCACGGAGACACCGUGCUGGAUGGACGUCCGCCCGGGCGGCGCCGCCAGCUAUGCUGUCCGGCUGUCUUGGCACGCAGAUCGAGAGGUUUUCUGCGGCCGGGACGAGAUUCGCGGAAAGAGGCUGGCGAUCAGUCGCGAGAUGGCACACGACCUGCUGCUCGCCGUUGGGGAAAGUCAUCCGUUUGAUUAUGAGGCUAUCGAGCUGUUGAGUGGAAGCCUGACGGAGUAA